AUGCCUAAUCUCUUCACAUUGGCGCUCACAGCGCUGCCUCUGAGUCGUCUAGCACUGGCCGAUCAAUCUCCUUACACGGGUUCUGACUUCCAGGCCAAGACUUACGGUCUGUACCCUACACAAUCAUAUGAGUCCUCGAGCCUUGAAGUGCCUGUCUUUCAAGUCAACAAGGCUGCAGGAGACAAUGUCGACUCUGCCGACCGUGUUUUCAUUUCUCCCAGAGGUACCGCAGUGGACCAAAUCGCUCCUAUGAUCUUCAACUCGGACGAUCUAUCCCUUGUGUGGAGCGAUCCCAGCUACAAGACUACAUUCGGUGUCAGGGUGCAAGAAUUCAACAACUCAGACUACAUUACAUUCUGGCGAGGAACCGUCAAGGGUGCCGGUUAUGGAAGUGGCAGCUUCAUCAUGCUCGACCACAAUUACAACGUUGCUUACAACCUAACAACGAAGAACCUCACCGUUGGUGGAGAUAUCCACGAGACCGAGCUGACGGACGAUGGCACAGCACUCAUGACUGCUUACGAGCCUAUCCAAUACGAUCUCACAGCUUACGAUAUCGAGAAUGGCUGGCUUGCCGACUCUCUGUUCGAAGAAGUCGACAUUGCUACCAACGACCUCAUCUUCUCAUGGCGAGCAUCCGAGCACAUUGCCCUCAACGCCUCGUACGCCGACCCCGGUGCCACUGGUAUCUCCCAAGACAGCCCUUACGACUUCUUCCACAUCAACUCGAUCGAGAAAGACGACUCUGGCAACUAUCUGGUCUCUGCAAGACAUACACAUAGUAUCUAUUACAUCAACGGCACCAAUGGCGAUAUCAUCUGGAGUCUGGGAGGCAAGAAUAAUGACUUUGAGGAUAAGAGUGAUGGUCAAGCGACCAACUUUGCAUGGCAGCAUGAUGCCCGCUGGCGUAACACCAACUUGACAGAGAUGACUCUCUUCGACAAUGGUGCUGCCGAUUGGGUCAAGACAGAAAAUGAAACCCGCGGUCUUUGGCUCAGUCUCGACUACGACGAUAUGUCUGUCACUCUCAAGCAAGACUAUAUCAGCCCUGAAGGCAUCUUGUCCGUAUCACAGGGAAGCGUGCAAGCGCUCUCAAAUGGCAACGUCUUCAUGGGCUAUGGUAGCAACGGUGCCUUCAUCGAAUACACCAACGAGGGAGAAGCCAUCUGGGACGUCCAAUUUGGCAUCAUUGGCAAUUCGAGCGUGCAGAGCUACCGCGCCUACAAGCAAAACUGGCAGGGCUUCCCUGGUUGGAACCCUAGCAUUGCCGCUACAGGAAAUGGCACUGACAACACUACUGUCUACGUAUCCUGGAACGGUGCCACUGAGAUCAAGCAAUGGGCCAUCCUUGCCUCGAACUCAUCUUCUUCUCUCGCUACUGCAGAUGACCUUUGGAAAAAUGUCACAAAGACUGGUUUCGAGACAAACGUCACUGUAGGCACCGAUGCCCGCUACAUUCGUGCUGCAGCUUUGAACGCUGAUGGUGAAGUCCUCGGUGCCACUGAUAUUGUCAAUGUCAACGAUGGGUCUAUUUCUACUGCAGAUGCCAAGGUCGAUAUUGGUACUGGCGAUGCGAAUACUACUGUUACCAGCUCGGCUUCUGAUUCGGACUCUGCUUCUGGCUCUAGCGGCAAUGACACCACGUCAAAGUCUGAUAAGGAUAGUGCUGCUGGCUUUACGAAUGCUUCUUCGUCACUUGCUCUGGGAGUUGCGAUGGUUGUCUUGUUUACCUUUGGAUUGUAA